AUGGGCUCCCUUGCAAGCCCACUAGAACAACAGACCGCCUCCACCAACGGCGUCCCACCACACGCGAUGCCUCUCAUCUCGCCAUUAAGUCUCCUCUCCACCUACCUCACACAGUCCUCCGACCAAGAUUCACAACCACGGCGCCCAUCCGGCCGUGCCCCCCUCGAACCCAACAAAAUCCACCUCAAUACCUCCGCCCUCACACACACCCACGGCUCCUCCGUCGUGCGCAUCGGCUCCACCACUAUCGUCUGCGGCGUGCGCGCCGAGAUCCUCAACGUUGCGGACAUACCCAGCUGGAGCGUGCGGGAUGCUGUGGGGAGGACGGUGGGAGAGUGGGAGGCUGCGGAGUCUGGACGGACGGUUGAUGAUGGGGGAGCCGAAGAAGAGGAGGACAGGGAUAGGGUGCUCGGGGACUAUAAUCUACUAGUACCAAAUCUGAGUCUAGACACGGGCUGCUCGCCGCUGCAUCCAGCGAACGCCCCGCCGAGUCAGGAGCAGAUGAACGUGACGCAGCGGGUGUUGAGUCUACUGCUGGGCAGCAAAUUUGUGGAUGUACGGGAUCUCGAGAUCUACGACGAGGGCGCCGAAGACAACGAAGCUGCGGUGGACGAAGGCGAGGACUCGAUGGUCGUGGAUGACGCCCAGGACGACGUCGGUCAGAACACAACCAGGACCAUCAAGCAUACUACACGCUCUACAUCGACAUGGUCUGUCUAUCCCACGGAAGCAGCAGUGGAGCGGUCUUCGACACAGCAUGCGAGGUGGGACAGGGACCAGGGGAGAGUGGUUUGCAGCAGUGACACAUCUCAAAUGAGACGACUCACCUUGAGGGGCAUGCCUGUCCCCCUGAGCUUCGGCGUAUGCGUGCUCGAUCGGAGGGUCCUGGACGUAUUACGGCGGCGAGAUCCCAACGAGCAGACUGAAGGAAGCGCAAAUGGGCCGAAAGGGCACAAGCUCGAAGACGCAGUGCUGCUGGUAGACCUCGAGGGCAUAGAGGAAGAGUGCUGCCCCGAGACGGGCUGUGUCGUCGUCGACUAUGGUAAGGGUAGCGGAGACACUGAGCUUGUCCGGAUAGAGAAGAGUGGCGGCAGUCAUGUGGGUGUUGAGCAGCUCACGCGAGUCGUGGAUGUCUGCCAGCAGCGGUGGAAGGAUUGGCAUGUGCUCAUGAGCACUCUAUGA